AUACGCGCUCUUCCAUUGGCGCCAUGACAACGUGCAUAAACUCCCGAACAAACUACUUCCGCAGUUGGUGUAAACAACUGAGAUAAUGAAGUAAUUUUGACACUUGGAAAGCUAUAACGUAUGAAACGAUGACAGAUUAGUUUUCGUAAAGGCAAUUUCAGACGAGGAUCGUUCAGGAAAAUAACAACCAGAAAACAGAUUUAGUAAAACAAAGUAAAUCAGGAUGCCCCACUUAAAGGAACCUAAAGAGAAGCAGCCGCUGUGGAAGGACUGGGAUUAUCUCGCCCAGAAGAAAGGUGUUCGACAUACAGUUUAUUCCGUCAACGGGGACCAAUACACGGGCGAAUGGCUAGACAACAAAAAGGAUGGUAAGGGUACAUACAAGUGGAAAUCGAAUGGGGCCCUGUUUGAUGGAGAUUGGAAGAAAGGAAAGAGAAAUGGGUUUGGAACAUACAGCGUACCAGACGGGAAGGGAGGUUACAAGAAAGAAUACUCGGGAGGCUGGAAGAAUGAUAUGCGACAUGCAUAUGGGACACAAUUUUACACAGAUUCUGAGUACUAUGAAGGAGAGUGGUAUGCAGAUAAACGAAGCGGCUGGGGUCGUAUGUACUUCAAGGAUGGCACAAUUUACGAAGGAGAGUGGUAUGAUGACCAGCGCAAUGGACAGGGCAUGAUCCGACUAACCAAUGAGAAUCGUUAUGAAGGAUCCUGGCGAAAUGACAAAAAAAACGGCCCAGGGAAGUUUUUCUACCUAACCACAGGACAAGUGUACGAGGGUGUCUGGAAUGAUGACAUUGCUAAGUGCGGGACUAUGCAGGACUUUGGCCGAGAGGGGGCACCUGAACCCACACAGUAUAAAAUACCUAAGGUUGAACUAGCCAAUUCUGAUGCUGUUUUACAAGAUGCUGAGGAAACAUUUCUUCAAGAUCACGAGUGAAAUGUUUAUUAGAUUGCGAAUCUGUGCUGAAAAGAAAGGAUGUGAUUGCACGAGUCCUACCUACUGGUAUACAUGUCUGUACAAUGUAACAAAACAUCCUCUCUAGAUAUACUGCUGGGAGUCAACUGCUUCAAUGCUAGCUUUACGAAUAUUUUGUUAAAUAUUUAAAAUUGAUGUUGACAUGGUUACAUGUACUGCUUUAAGUAUCAGUGAUAGAGGUGUGCCUUGGUGUUAUCAGCAUUAGCCUGCCCUCCUUUUUUAAACAGCUUCCUGAUUAGUACUGGAUAGAUUUGGGUGGGAUUGUGAUCGUAAAUUAGUACUGGAUAGAUUUGGGUGGGAUUGUGAUCGUGAAUUAGUACUGGAUAGAUUUGGGUGGGAUUGUGAUCGUGAAUUAGUACUGGAUAGAUUUGGGUGGGAUUGUGAUCGUAAAUAAGUACUUAAUAGGCAUUACCCUGUUGUUAUUUCUGCGAAACCUGUGAAACCUUACUCAAAUUUACAGACUAGUUUAAUUUUUUUUUAUAUGUAGUCUCCCUCACAGUUUAGGAACUUGUUACAUUAUCCCAUUGUACAUUGAAGUGGUUAAUAAAAGACAGGUGUGAAUGUAGUUCUGCGAUAUUAAAUACUGGGAUAAAUGUUGUGUAGAAUGCGAAGAUGUAUAUAUGAAGUAAAAGAAAAUAAAUUAUGUUUAUGUAC